UCCCUUGAAAUCCUUCACUGGUUAAGACAUUGUAUUUCCUGCCUUUUGUUCCACCUCCAGUUCUCCUGAUUAGUUGAACAUUGUAUUCUCCCUUGAUACCUGCUGCCCUUUAUAAGCUGUUGUUUGCCCGCAGUUCAGCGCCUGGGACCCUGGCACUCAGGGAGUUUACCAUCAAAUAAAGUAACCCAGUGCCCCCCAGGCCCGUGCUGUGGCCUUUUGUUCCGUGUUUUGCCUCCACUGGUAGCUGGGAUUUUGCGGAGCCCCGAAAGAGGGGGACUGUUGCCCCGCCCACUGUCACCAUCUACCUGGGACGUGUGACAAUACCUGAUAGUUUAGUCAAUCUGCUAGCUGGGGCAGAGUGAAGCUCUGUCUUUUUCCCAGAGCUGUGUGUGAUGCUGAACACACAUGGGAAUUGCUCAGGCAAACAGGAAUGUACUGAAGAAUUUGAUUCCGUAGAAUCUCUGAAUUUGUUAUAAACCCAUUGUUUUUCUGGUCUGACGUGUGAUCUCAUUGGCAUUUCCAGUAAACUUCAGCAAUUCUUGGAAGGGGUGGUUUUCUGAGACUCAAAAGUGAAAGCAUUUACUAUUUCCUGUGUUUUUUCCUUAAAAACUAGGGAUUUGUUCUCCUCAUAUUCAUUUAGCCGCUGGGUUUAGUCUCGUUUGCAGUGGUCAGAAGAUAACUUUAAAAAUUCCUUCCCAGGAUUUGGAGAUACCAGGAUACCAAUCUGUGUUUAAUGAGAUGAGUUUUUCUGUUUUUGCAUCGAGUCAGGGAAAACAUCUUUAAUUUUCAGGCUUAGCUGAGAUUUUGAAGAUAUCACCACCGUGUGUUGUGUUCAAUACCUCUACAGGAGAAGACCAGGCUGUAAAGGUUGCAGUUCAUAGAGAGCUGUCACUGUAGAGUUGAGAGAGAAGAAAUUGUCACAUUCUUGUUCAUCACCAUCUGCUGUCCACCAUGAUACGGACAGGUGCAGUAAGGUAUGCUGACAGCAACACUGUGGCCGAUGUAGCUGUACGGGAAGGUACAGGCAUAGACACAGCCCAGUCCGAGUAUGACGCCUACGAGAAGGGGUAUCCGCUGUCUUCUGAGAACCUGGACGAUCCCCAAUUCAUGACUACAGGAUCUGUUGAGGCAGAGGUGACAACCAGUGUUGAAGAUGUGAUGAAACUUCUCAUCCACGUUGCCACAGUGAAGGGCUUGAAAGCUGCAUACACUCAUUCUUCCCGGGGAGCAUCGGUGGCAAGUUUAUUUAUCAUUGCUGGGGGGAUGCUGCUUGGCCCAGUUGGAAUUUUUAUAGGAGGAGCAGUGGGUGGUUUCGUUGGAUGGAGGAUUUCUAAAGAUUUCAAGUCAGUCCCUCAGAUUUUAAUGGCAUUGCCUGCUGCUGAGAAGAAGAAGCUCUGUGCUGAAGUCAUGGCUGCUGUCAAGAACGUAAAAUGGCAUAGGGGUGAUGCUUCUUACCUGAUUAAACUUGCAAUGUCAAAUUCUGCUAUCCUAGACAAGAUACUAAGAGUGCUGAACUGUUUCAUUACCAAAAAGCUAAAAGCAAAACCAAAGUAUAGAAAAUAAUCCUCUACAGAGCAGGAUUUUUAUGCUGGAAUGCAUUUUACUCCCAUAGUUGUGAAUCUUUAACACAGCAAUUGCUAGUCAUCCGUACUAAUUACAAAUAUAUGCUGAUCUAAGUAAUUUUGGGGUGUUUGGGUUUAGUAUUUGGGAUUUUAAAAUUUUUAUCAUUAUUAUCAUUUUUGCUUUGUGUGGAUUUGUAAGGAUAGUAUUAGAUUACAGCAUUAUCCUGACACUGACUUGCUAUGUAAUUUUGGAUUGCCCUGCUCUAGGACUAAUUCAGAUUGCUGAAGGGAAUGCUCUUAGGCUAAUGUGUCACUUGUGAAAAUUUGCAAAGUCAUUUUGUUUUAUUUAGGAGACUUGACUCUGUUUAAGUGCUUUAAUUUUUUUUUUCCCUGUGAAUGACACACAAGGUGCUAAAGUAGCUGGGGCACUGAAGAAUUUUACCUGUUGUUUGUUUCAGCCCUGCAUAGGAAAGUUUUAUAAGGAAGUAAAUUACUGUGAACUCAAAAGACUCAGUCCAUAUUUUGUCACUUUUUUAUUGUAAUUCUUGAGGUAUCCCUUUAAUUAAGAAGUGAAGCAAAUACUUAAACAAGAUUUCAAGUAACAGGAAAGCAAAACUGUGAACACUUUCAAUUCAGUUUUCACCAGGCUCCUGUGCCCUAGGAUGGGAGGGUGGGACAUUAAAAAAUGGGGAGCUGAAUCUGCCAGUUUUAUAUGAGCCCCAGGAUGAAGGUUGUCAUUUGAGCCUUGGUUUCUGGACUGAGUCUGUACAGCUGGUCCUGUGUUUUCUUAAAAUCUUAAUAAGAAACCUCCUCUUGAUCUGUGUGUUGCUCAAACGAAAGGAAGCCUUCAGGAGCUGAGGCAGGCCUGCAGUGGCAGCCAGCAGCUGGCAGCAGCAGCGCUGCUGGGCUGGGGUGAUGUGCCAGCUGCAUUGUUACUGUCAGCUCCAAAUGCUGUGGGGCUGAGUGUCCUGGCCAGUUGGUCACAUUGGGUUUGAAGGCCCUCAUAAGACAAGUUUGUAGGUAGGAAGAUGGGCAGGUGUGCCUUCUUUUUAUGUAUAGACACAACUGAAACUGUUCUGCCAAGUUCAUUUUUUUGCCUGAAAUAAAGAUCUAUCUGUU